AUGGCCUUUGGACCGAAGGCCGGCUUUAUCCUGUGCCUGGUGCUGAUCACGGUGUGGCUGAGCUAUUCGCUGAAUGGCCUCAUCGAAAGGUGGAACCCCAGCCCGCGGCUGACCUGGGGCUUGGUCUCCCGAGGAUUUGGCUUGGUCUACAUCAUCGUCUUGGGCUCCUUCCACCCGCAGGUGGUGCCCCUCUGUGGGCGCCGCGGGGUGACGCCCGUGGCCCAGCUGCUGCAGCAAGCGCAGAAGGACUACCCCGGCUUCAAGAAGCUGCUAUACUUCCCGACUUGGCUCUGGUUGGAUGCCAGCGACACGGCGUUGCGGUUGACCACGCUGAGUGGCAUCCUUGGUGGUGUGCUGGGCAUCUAUGGCGGCACGGUGGGGUGGUGGGGCCUGGUGCUGGCGCGCUUGGCCUUGCAGUCGGUGGCCGUCACAGGAGAGUUCUGGUUCGUUUGGGACUACAUGGUCUUUGAGGCCGGUGCCUUGGUCCUGCUGCUGCCUGAGACCUUACCCUUGAGCACGGGGAGUCUGGGCGCUUCAAACCUGCCCGUGCCCUGUGUGGCACUGGCGUGGCAGGCCCUUGCCAUCCGCCUCAUGUUGGGCUUCGCCAAGACCAAGUUCAGUGAAUCUGAUGUGGCCAAGGACAACCUCUUCCUUCAAGGCUUCUUCAUUUGGCAACUCCUUCCAAACCACUUGGCCUGGUUUCUGCAUCACGCGCCCCUCUGGUUGCUGCGCGCGUCUUAUGGCUUCAUGCUCUAUGUGGAGGCGAUCUUGCCCUUUUGCUGCUUCCUCUCGGGCGCUCCGCGCUUUGUGGGCGCGUGGGGUCUCAUCAUCCUCAUGCUGGGGAUCUUCAUGACGGGGAACUGGGGGCAGUUUAAUCUCGGCUACAUCAUCGUUUGCGUGGGGCUCUUGGAUUUGAACAUCUCUUGGUCCAUGUUCUUCGCGCAGAGUUGGCUCUUGCCACCCCUGAUGGCAGUCUACCUCUUCAUCGGCUUCAUCUGCUUGUGCCUCUUCGACACUUGGACGAACACCGCCUGGGCCUGGUUCUCCUGGGAACUCCUUCCCAUCUUCCAGCUGCACGGCUUGUUGGGGCUGGUCCGCUUUGUGUCUCCCUGGCGGCUGAUCAAUGCUUAUGGCGUCUUCCCACCCGAGGCACUCCCACAGGCCCCCGCUCUCGAGCCGAGCCUCGCCUCGCCGGGGGGGGGGGGGGGGUGCGGGGUGCGGGAUCGGCGGGUCGGCCCUGUCGGCCCUGUUCGGCGCUGGACUCAGCGACACGCACAACGAGCCCUUACGAGCCCUUACGAAGCUAGAAGAGUCACAGCAGCAGGCAGCCAGCCUAUAGAAAUGGGUAGGCGCCUACACGACCCACCUGGCCAAGGGCUCUCUUGUCGAUGUUUCGAUGUUUUAAACCAGAUGACCAGCGUCAAAUCCUCCGGUCUGGGGGAAACGGUCGGUGAUGGGCCGGGGCAUUUCUUUUUGCACCUUCUGUUGGGCCCUGAGUCAGGGUUUCAAUCUUGA